UAUGUUUUUUUAUUUUUGACGACGAACAUACGCCGCGAAAAAUUCGUCGUUCGUUCCAAUUGUGUUCCUAGCAUAAUAUAGGCCGUGAUAUGGCCAUGACGUGCUUGGGUAAUACGUAUGGCAGAAGAAUAAGAAAUCUUCUACCAUGGUAAUACGGACAUACAAAAUAUUUUACCAUAGUGGGAAAGCUAAAUAUUUGUGUACGAUACGUCAAAUUCUAGAUGACUCUGGUAUAAAAGUAGUACAGAGUACACAGGAAGCGCAGCGCACCGCCGUCGAAAAAAUCGAUCCGCUUCGUUGUCUGAUUUCAGUCCAAAACAUAUUUAUAAAUUGAAAUAAAUUUGGUUUCAUAUGCCAGGAAGUACAAAAUUUUAUGGUGUAAAUGUCUAUUUCUGCCUGUAUUUUGGAUGUUCCUGUUAGAGUGACAAAGCAGUUCAUGCCCGUGGUACAAUAUUAAUGGCGAUAUAUCGCAUUCACUGAACAAAAUGGUGCUAAGCGUAUUGAAGCCACAUCAACAAAUAAGAUAUAUACAACUCAUUAUUGCCUUCAUAAUUUUUCUGCAAUUUGUGGAUCAUGUGAAAUCUAUCAAAUGUUUUAAAUGUGCUGUCACUGUGGAGAAGACAUAUUCUUAUACGAAAAAUAUAACUGUAAUUACCCCUAUGUGUUCAAAGUUUGAUAAGUCUGAGGAAUAUAAAGUUGACUGUAAAUACUCAACAAUGUGCCUAAAAACUAUUUCAACACUACGUUUACAAAACGGACAAAAUUUGGAGACUGUGACACGCGGCUGUGCUCCUCAAAAAGAUACAAAACAGGUAUUUAAUAAUGGUAGAUGGAACCAGGAGUAUUCAGUACAAGAAGUCUAUGAAGAAGGUUGUAAGGAAGUAACUGAAAACACCAUGGCGGCCUCAUUAAAAACACAUUGCUACUGCCGAGGAGAUUUGUGCAAUAAAUCAAAUAAAAUUUUUAAUGUAAAAACUGUCAUUGUGAUAACUGCGCUUGGUGCACUUAUGAUAUGUUUCCAAAAUAAAUAUAUUUAAGUGUGAAAGAAUCUCUACUCUAAACAUUGUGUUCUAUCGUAUGUCUUGGUACACAUUCGUAUUAAAUAAUAAUUGUGAUAAGUUAAUUGUGAAUAAAUAAAGUACAUGAGAUUAUUAUGUGUAAAAA